GCCGGGGUGCAGUGCCGAGCUCGGCGCCGAAUCCUUCCCAUCCCACCCUGUCUGCAGGUCCACGAGCCCGCGGCGGCGGCGCAUCUUGCAGGGAGAAUUGAGAGGACUGUGCGGCGAGGGAUAGGCCCAGGAGACAUGGAGUCCAAAGUGGAACAAGGAGUAAAAGAUCUCAACAUGGAAAAUGACCAUCAGGAAAAGGAGGAGAAGGAAGAAAAGCCACAGGAUGCUAACAAAAGGGAGCCGGUCGUGGCCCUGCCUUUCGAAGCUGGAGACUACUAUGUGCCUAGAGGAAGUCGCAGGCGAUUCCGUAUUAGGCAGCCCAUCGUGCACUACAGAUGGGACCUGAUGCAUAGGGUUGGGGAGCCCCAGGCAAGGAUGAGAGAGGAGAAUGUACAAAGGUUUGGGGAUGAUGUGAGACAGCUCAUGGAGAAGCUAAGGGAAAGGCAGCUGAGCCACACUAUGCGGGCGGUUAGCACUGACCCCCCUCACCAUGACCACCGUGAUGAGUUUUGCCUUAUGCCCUGAGUCGGGAGGUUUUCGCUGAAGAUGAUAUGGGGACCCCUGCUUUCAAAACUUACAUGUUUGUGAUGUACUGUUGUAAUAUUUUUGGUGUCACUCGUUCCCCAUGGGUCUCCACUUUUGCGAGCUUCUAAUUGAAACUUUUUUUUGACUCAGUCUUGCAUUUUUUUUGUUAGCAGAAUUUAUCUAUUGCAUGGGAAAAUGCUCAUAUAUUGUGAAGCUAAUAAAGCAGAUUUAAAAGGC